AUGGAUCUUCACCCACUGAAACUCGUUUACUCGAGAAUUCAACUACUUGCUCUGAAGACCAAGUCCCGUGUCGGCGUGGUUCCACAUUUACCUGACGAGGUGAGGAGACCGUACCGAGGCUGCAGAGCCGGCGCUAAGCUGGAGGCUAAGCGGCUGGAGAAGAAGUGGCGAUACAAACCUACGGUACCUGCGGUGAUCAUGGGGAAUGUGAACUCACUGCCCAACAAGAUCGACGAGCUGGCUGCGCUGAGCUCAGAGGUUCCCAGUGGUCAGUCUGCCCAGGAGCAUCAAACACACCUGGCCUCCAUAUUUCUGCUGCUGGAGGAGAACAUCAACACCUUUGUGAAGAAGGAGCUGAAAAACCUCCAGAGGUCUCUGAGCCCAGAUUACCCAGAAUGCUCAGAGAGGCAGAGGGAGGAUGAGGAGGUGUUGGACGGUGAGGAGGAAGAGCAGAGGAGGAGCAGCAGGGAGGCUUUUCUGCAGAUCACACUGCACCUCCUCAGGAGAAUGAAGCAGGAGGAGCUGGCUGAGCGUCUGUGGAGCAAAACUGCCGCUGCAGCGUGCCAACGUGAACUCAGAUCUAAGCUGAAGAAGAAGUGUGAGUGUGUGUUUGAGGGGAUUGCUAAAGCAGGAAACCCAACACUUCUGAAUCAGAUCUUCACAGAGCUGUACAUCACAGAGGGAGGGAGUGGAGAGCUCAAUGAGGAACAUGAGGUCAGAUGGAUUGAAACAGCAGCCAGGAAACCAGACACACCAGAAACACCAAUCACAUGUGAGGACAUCUUUAAACCUUCACCUGGAAGAGAUGGACCAAUCAGAGCAGUGAUGACACAGGGAGUGGCUGGCAUUGGGAAAACAGUCUUAACACAGAAGUUCACUCUGGACUGGGCUGAACACAAAGCCAACCAGCAUGUCCACUUCACAUUUCCAUUGACUUUCAGAGAGCUGAAUCUGCUGAGAGGGAAAAAGUUCAGCUUGGUGGAACUUGUUCAUCACUUCUUCACUGAGACCAAAGAAGCAGGAAUCAGCAGGUUUGAGCAGUUCCAGGUUGUGUUGAUCUUUGACGGUCUGGAUGAGUGUCGACUUCCUCUGGACUUCAACAACAACCAGAUCCUGACUGAUGUUACAGAGUCCACCUCAGUGGACGUUCUGCUGACAAACCUCAUCAAGGGGAAACUGCUUCCCUCUGCUCACCUCUGGAUAACCACACGACCCGCAGCGGCCAAUCAGAUCCCUCCAGAGUGCGUUGGCAUGGUGACAGAGGUGAGAGGCUUCACUGACCCACAGAAGGAGGAAUACUUCAGGAAGAGAUUCAGAGAUGAGGAGCAGGCCAACAGAAUCAUCUCCCACAUCAAGAUGUCACGAAGCCUCCACAUCAUGUGCCACAUCCCAGUCUUCUGCUGGAUCACUGCUACAGUUCUGGAGGACGUGUUGAAAACCAGUGAGGGAGGAGACCUGCCCAAGACCCUGACUGAGAUGUACAUCCACUUCCUGCUGGUUCAGUCCAAAGUGCAGAGCGUCAAGUAUCAUGGCAGAGCUGAGACAGAUCCACUCUGGACUCCAGAGACCAGGAAGAUGAUCCUGUCUCUGGGAAAACUGGCUUUUGAGCAGCUGGAGAAAGGCAACCUGAUCUUCUAUGAAGCAGACCUGGCAGAGUGUGGCAUUGAUAUCAGAGCAGCCUCAGUGUACUCAGGAGUGUUCACACAGAUCUUUAAAGAGGAGCGUGGGCUGCACCAGGACAAGGUUUUCUGCUUCGUCCAUCUGAGCCUUCAGGAGUUUCUGGCUGCUCUUUAUGUCUUUCUGACCUUCAUCAACUCUGGAGUCAAUCUGCUGUUCCAACAAUCAGCCUCCUGGUGGUCUGCACGAUUCAACCAGAAAUCUAAACUAAAACUCCUCCUCCAGAGUGCUGUGGACAAGGCCUUACAGAGUCCAAAUGGACACCUGGACUUGUUCCUGCGCUUCCUCCUGGGUCUUUCACUGCCGACCAAUCAGACUCUCCUACAAGGCCUGAUGACACAGACAGGAAGUGGCUCACAGACCAAUCACAAAACAGUUGAGUUCAUCAAGGAGAAGAUCAGGGAGAAUCCCUCUCCAGAGAGAAGCAUCAACCUGUUCCACUGUCUGAAUGAGCUGAAUGACCAUUCUCUAGUGGAGGAGAUCCAACAGUACCUGAGAUCAGGACGUCUCUCCACAGAGGAACUGUCCCCUGCUCAGUGGUCAGCUUUGGUCUUCAUCUUACUGUCAUCUCAAGAAGAUCUGGAGGUGUUUGACCUGAAGAAAUACUCUGCUUCAGAGGAGGCUCUUCUGAGGCUGCUGCCAGUGGUCAAAGCCUCCAGGAAAUCUGUACUGAGUGGCUGUAAUCUGUCAGAGAGAAGCUGUGCAGCUCUGGCCUCAGUUCUCAGCUCCCAGUCCUCUAGUCUGAGAGAGCUGGACCUGAGUAACAACGAUCUGCAGGAUUCAGGAGUGAAGCGUCUCUCUGCUGGACUGGAGAGUCCACACUGCAGACUGGAGGCUCUCAGGCUGAGUGGCUGUAAUCUGUCAGAGAGAAGCUGUGCAGAUCUGGCCUCAGUUCUCAGCUCCCAGUCCUCUAGUCUGAGAGAGCUGGACCUGAGUCACAACGAUCUGCAGGAUUCAGGAGUGAAGCGUCUCUCUGCUGGACUGGAGAGUCCACACUGCAGACUGGAGCUCAAACUGGACACAAACACAGCAAACAGACACCUCGUCCUGUCUGAGGACAACAGGAAGGUGACAGGAGUGAGAGAGAAGCAACCAUAUCCUGAUCACCCAGAGAGAUUUGAGCACUGGGAACAGAUCCUGUGUAGAGAUGGUCUGACUGGUCACUGCUACUGGGAGGUCGAGUGGAAAGGAUUGGUUGAUAUAGCAGUGACUUACAGAGGAAUCAGCAGGAGAGGAAACAGUUAUGACAGCUGGGUUGGAUUUAAUAAAAACUCCUGGAGUCUGUUCUGCUCUGAAGGAAGAUUCAUUGCCAGACACAAUAACAGAGGAACAUCCAUACCUGCCCCCUCCUCCCCUCACAGAGUGGCAGUGUAUCUGGACUGGCCUGCUGGCUCUCUGUCCUUCUACAGCGUCUCCUCUGACACACUGAUCCACCUCCACACCUUCAGCAUCACCUUCACUCAGCCUCUGUACCCGGGCUUUGGGAAAUGGGAGCUAUUGGAGGUGGAUGUCAACUGA